UGGGACCUCCCAUUCCCCCUGGCUCUCUUUUCUCUGUGGUCCCCUACCCAGAGGAGGACAGAGUCCCCACAGCAUCACAAGACCUCAGACACUUCAUCCUUGUUGAACCUGAGGGUGCUGCUGCAGAAGAUGAUGUGGCCCCAGAGGCAGAGGCACAGGACCACUUGAAUGAGGGGAAAGCCACGAGCAGACACAAGUCUAGCAAGGAAAAGCCAAACUCCCCCCAGAGCCCGAAAAGUCUCCGUGAUCACUCCCCAGAAACACCCCGAAGUUCACCUGAGCCAAUGAAAAGCCAACUGCAGAGUGACUCAACCCUCGAGAGACCUGCCAGGCUGAGAAGGUUCCGGUGGAUCGUUCCUGCCCACGGCGAGGUGGAACUGAAGAUCCGCUUCAGCCCCACAGUGCCAGGGCAGUUUGACCAGCUGAUGAACUUUGAGAUCCUGGGCUCAAAGCGCCUGUACCAGUUGCCCUGCAGUGCCACUGCCCUGUACCCCAGCAUCAGCCAGAACCCACGGCUGGUGUUUCCUCGCUGGAGGAAGAGCAAGGAGAAGGAGGACAUCAUCUCCAAGGAAUAUGUCAUGAGCACAAAGCAGUUCCACUUUGGACCGCUGCUUUGUGGCAAGUCAGGAGAGUGGUAUGUGCUCCCUGCUCCCAAGUGAGCAUCCCUGUGUGCUGCCUGUACAGACUGAGAUGUCGGGAGGGGAUCUCCAGGGCCUUGUGCUCUCCUGGACACACUUGCAGACACACUGUCCCAGUGGCACAAUGCAGGGCAGUCCCGGGCAGAGACCGGGCAGACACAUGGGCUUGAGGGAGCACAGAUGUGUGAGUGUGAGCAGAUAACAGGCAAAUGAGCCUUGGAGGAGCUGCUUUGCCAGCCUGGUGGGUGCCCUGGUGUCCAGAGCCACCAGAGCUGCUGCUGCCAGCCCGAAGGUGACUUGGGGCAACCUGUGUCCCCUCCACAUCUCAGCUCCACCCCUUAGGAAAUGAACUUUAUGGUGCUUUUUCAAGUGCUUUGAGCUCGACAGGUAGACAAACAAGCAAGUAUUCUCUAGAUGGUUUUGUAAACCUUUCAUUAAUCUCUAAUAGUAGUGAGAUUUUGUGAUUUGACCUGCCAAUAUGUGUGAGUCA